AGUUUUGACAACGACCAAAUUGACAAGUAAAUGAAAACAUCUGUUGAAUUUCGUAAAAAAUAAACGAAAACAUCGCAAAAAGUCCUACAAAAUAAUCACAACUACUAAUAAAAAGGUUAAAGCGUAGUUUUCGUUUAAAAUAUUCUCGUAGAAAAAGGGAAAUAUUGUGAUUACUUUGUGAUAAAAGUUAGGUUAUGUGUUGUUAUGACUCAAGGUGAUUGUGUUCAAUGAUUUGACCGUUUUCAAGCUGUGCCUUUAAGUAGGUGGCCUUAUAUGGGAGGUAGAGAUUACUGACUUUACCUCAGUCAGUUUGUAUUAAGUUUUCGCGAUGGGUGAUCGUGAGGGACCAAGCAGUUCGAGUUCGCAGGGAUCCGACAAAGGAGAGAGGAAUGCUCGGUCUUCUGCCCAACCUAUGCCCACUGGCUCAAGUUACUAUGCCAGUGAACCGAUACAGUUCAGAGUAAGAGGUUCUACAAUUACUGGUGCCUCUCCACCCAAGUUUGUGACCCUGGAAGACAUCAUGAAGGCAGCCCAUGGUAUGCAGAACAUGGCUUUAGCUCAUGAGAUUGCUGUCGACCAGGAUUUUAAGCUGGAACCUUUUGAACCACCAGACAAUAGGUUAAUGGUAGAUGACAAUGGAGGAUGCCGGACUCCAAUUACCCCCCAGAAUCCCACACAUCCCAAACUCCUAAUCCCCAAAAUGCCAGUAACGCCUCUGGUGUUCCAGGUGACCAUGGGCGACGCCGAUUGCUUACCAUCGAGUGAUCCGUCAGCUCAUUUACCGGCUUAUGCCAUUAACAAAAUGCUAUGCUACCAGAAGUUAGUCAAGGAGACAAUGCAUAAAGCUUACUUUGAUAUACUAAGAGAGCAGCUCAACUCUGACCCGCCAGAAUACAAGCAGGCUCUUGUACUAUUAGAAGAUGUUAAACAGGGUCUGUUCUCAAUCCUACUUCCCCGUCACACCCGUAUUAGAGAGAUGAUCGAAGAAGUAUUAGAUGCUGAAUUUAUUCAGCAACAAGCAGAGAACAAUAGUUUAGACUUCCAUAAGUAUGCUAGCUUUGUGAUCGACCUGAUGGCUAAGUUAGCUGCCCCGGCAAGAGAUGAGAUGAUACAGAACAUUACUAAACUUUCUGAUACUGUGGAUGUCUUCCGAGCGAUACUAGAGACUCUAGAAAUCUUAAAGCUAGAUUUAGCAAAUACAUUGAUAGCUAUGAUCAGACCACAUGUACAACAGGAGAGCGUCCAGUAUGAGCGCGCCAAGUUUGACGAGAUGCUCAAAGUGUCUGAAGAUGGUCUCCAACACACAAAGGAAUGGUUGAAACGUCACAUAGAUCUAGAAGGUCUGACUCUACCAGUCACUGACAAGGUCAUCAUCAGGAAUGUCACAGCUCAGACGUUAGCGAAGGCUUACCUUGAACUACUCGAGUGGGACUCUUCUAAAAGUUAUCCUGAGCAACUCAGGGACUAUAAAAUUGACCAGCCCUUUGCAGUCCACCACUGGUCUUUAGCUUUAGAUUAUGGUAAACCUCUCCUAUGUAAGGAGGGGUUUACCAUAAUCUGUUGCACUUGGCAGGCGAGUUGGGCUGCGAUGGACUUAGCGGGUUGCCGGGGCUCCAGCUCGAGGCAGGAGAAGGAAUGGGUAGCACUGGACGCACCGCGUUUCGCUGAGCUCGGCACCCAGGUGUACCGACUGAUAUGCGUCGCGUCCCUGAUGCUGGCCAGUCCAGCCUGUGGCAGCGACCAAACUGCCGCCGCUGCGCAUAAACAGGCUCUGAAGGAGAAGAUACUGAUCCUCAUUGAUAAUACUAGCAAUGAUAUAGAAUUAAAACAAGUGCUACCAUCAUUGGCUGAAGAAAUUAUCCAGGUGACGGAACAGCUUCUGGAGAACCUCAAUCAGUCUCCAUUGACGGGUGAGACCAAGGAGAUCAUCAGGACACAGAUCCUAUCGCUCGGAGACCCUGAGCAUAGAGUCCGGGAGAUUGUUCGUCAGCGCGUCUUAGAAUUUCUGAAAACCAUCCUUGUCUGUGGUGGAGGGUCUCGUCAGAUCCCUGUGGGGCUUUCAGCUCUAGCCAGGGAGCUGACGUCAGUGUCAGGAACACUACUCCGGUACGUAAUGCAUAACAAGGCCGUCUUCACUUCACAUUACAUGGACAUUGUGUCUGAAGAACUCAGUAGAAACUAAGCUUUAUCUGUAUUUGUACGUAAACUAAUGUUUUAAUAAUAAUAAUUUUCGAGUAGGGAUGAUGACGAUAUCAUUACCUUAUUGAGCCUAUACCGGUUUUGUCAGCAAAGGACACUCCGGGCGUCGGGGAUCGCAAAGUCAAAGUCAAGGGCUGAUUCCGAUACGGAGCCACGGAGUACUUAACGGGUUGCCGGGGCUCCGGCUCGAAGGGCAGGAGUAGGAACGGAGUGGUUUUUAGUCAGUAAGAGUC